CCCGGCGCCGGCGCCGGCGCAGUCGCGGGCNGGGAACGGGGAGGGGGACGGGGACGGGGACGGGGACGGGGACGGCGUGGCCCAUCAGAGCUGGUGCGGGAGACCGCGGCGCUCCAGCUCCAGGAGCGUCGCGCCGAGUGGGCCUACUCGCGCCCCGUCGUGGCACUCGACAUCGCCUGGAACCUCGCCUUCGCCGCCUUGUCCGCGGCGGUGCUCGUCGCCACGGCCGCGGAGCGGCCCCACACCCCGGUUAGAUUUUGGAUCGCGGGGUACGGGGUCCAGUGCCUCGUCCAUGUGGGCCUCGUGUGGGCCGAGUAUCGGCGGAGGCGGCUUGCGAGGAGGCAUCGCAGGGUGGAGGAAGGCGAACACGGCAGCGGCGGUGGAGGUGGUGGUGGUGGGGAGAGGGCGUCGUCAGAGUCGUCGGAGGGGACCGAUAGCGAGGAGGAUGGGGAUGAGGCUGAUGGGGAGCAGAGAAACAGUAUUGCCAAACGAUGUGAAUCCCUUAAUACGAUGGUUUCCUUCUUCUGGUGGAUCAUUGGCUUUUAUUGGGUGGUUUCUGGUGGCGAAGCACUCAUGCAAGAUGCGCCAAAGCUGUACUGGUUGACUGUAAUCUUUCUAGCAUUUGAUGUAUUCUUUGCUAUCUUUUGCGUUGCAUUGGCCUGUUUUAUCGGGAUCGCACUCUGUUGCUGCUUGCCUUGUAUCAUUGCAAUUCUUUAUGCUGUCGCAGGACAGGAAGGUGCAUCGGACGCCGAUAUUAGCAUCCUUCCAAGAUACAAAUAUGCAGAGUCUGUAGACAAUGGGGAGAAGGGUAGUGAGGAAGGAUUAAUGAUCCCAAUUCUAAAUAAUAGUGGAACUUCAACUAGCGAACGUGUUCUUCUUCGUGAGGAUGCGGAAUGUUGUAUCUGUCUAACUCCAUAUGAAGAUGGAGUGGAGCUCCAAGCACUCCCCUGCAACCACCACUUCCACUCAUCAUGCAUCACCAAAUGGCUUCGGAUCAACGCCACGUGCCCGCUUUGCAAGUACAACAUACUGAAGGGCUCUGAUUCUGUCUAGGCUCUGAUUCUGUCUAACAGCUCAAAAUCAACAUUACCAUCCUUUUUUUGUUUUUCUCUGUUUUAAGCUUGUGAUGUACAUAAGAAUGCAUGAAAUAGUGAAGCAGGUUUCUAGCUCUUUCCAGAAGCUGCUUUAGAACCAUUACAUAAGAGGCUUCAGAGUUGUUUGCUUAUUGAAGAAAAUGUAUCUUUGCUGUUCCCUGUGUGAUAAGAACAUUUGGCCUUGUAAGAGGGCCAGCUUUCUAUCUAUAAAGUAUAUAUAUAAUCAAAUGUUGGACU